AUGACAAAAUUUGAAGUCUAUGAUAAAAGGAUUUAAAUUUAAGGAAAAAUUCUUAAAGUUCCAAAACAAAUGAUUGGUGAAGUGUCUAAACUAUUAAAGGAUUAGUUUGGAAUUAUUUUAACUGAAAAAAAGGAUAGUUAUUAAAAUUAAUAUAAGAUUAAAUAAAAGAAGCAAAUUGCAUAAAUUGCAUCUCCUCUAAUUAAUUAUUUUAGAAAUUAUUGUAAAGAUAAUUAAUAUACAAUUGUUGAGAAUGAACUCUCCGAUUUAUUAGAAAAAAAAGGAGUUAGAAAAGUUUUCACCUUACAAGAUCUAUACGAACUUCAAUUCAAAAAUAAAAAUAGAAAAGAAUUUUUAGAUAAAUGGGAGCCAUUUCUAAGUUUAGGUCAUGUAGAAUAAUAUCUAAUGAAUAACAAAAAAAUUAAGAGUGAAAUUAAAUUAGAACUAAAAGCCAUUAUAAGUUUAUUGAUUUUUGAAUGUUAAAAGGAGGAUCCAAAAGAGAGUAUGUAUAAAAGCUUCUAGAUUAAAAUAUGA